UAUAAUUUAUACGAGCCUCUUCUUCACUACCAACGAAGAGCGAAACCCUUCCUCCCCUCUCCCGUCCCCUCGCCUGAACCCUAGUUUAACUCCAUUGUUGGAACCAAAAAGAAAAAGAGAGAGAAAUAGAGGUGAAACCAUGGCGCCCAAGAAGAGGGUCGUGAGAACCGUUCGCAAAACCCCCGCCUCCAAAUCCAAAUCCAAACCCCAACCCCAAUCCCCAUCCCCUCCUCCUCCCGCCGCCGUUGAAACCCCCGUCUCCGCAGCCGCCGAACCAGUCCCGGCGCCGCCGCCUCAGGCCGCGGCCGUCGAAACCGCCGUCUCCGCCGCAGCCGAACCAUCCCCGGCGCCGGCUCCGCCGCCGGAGCCGUCGGAGCGCGAAGCCCCCGAAAAGGCCGCCAAAGAAGCCGACGCCUCGGAAGCCCCGCCUCCGGUGGCGGCGGAGCCAGCCCAGGAUGCGGCGGCGGGGAAGCGCUCCGCGAAGAAGGUCGUCCGGAAGGUCAUCAAGAAGAAGAUCGUCAAGAAGCUCGUUCCGAAGGCCUCGCUCGCCGCCAAGAGCGCGGCGGAAGCCCCAAAACCGGCGGAUUUGCCGGCGCCCGACGCCGCAGACGAAGCCCUAGCUGAGAAGCCGGAGCCUGAAAACCCUAAUCCCGAUGCCGCCCCUCAGCAACCUGAGAACGAGGAGGAGGCUCCGGAAGAUCAGGGCAAAGAGGAGAUGGAGGAGGCUCAGGGCAAUGAUGCGGAGGAGGCGGCCGAAGGAGCCGGGGACGAGGAGGCCGGGAUAACGGAGCGGCAGAAGCGGAGGAAAACGGAGAUAUUCAUAGGGGGAUUGGAUCGGGAUGCGAAGGAGGAGGACAUUAGGAAAGUGUUCGGCAAGGCGGGGGAGAUCAUGGAGGUGCGAAUGAUGAUGGAUGCGAAGACGGGGAAGAACAAGGGGUUCUGUUUCUUGAGGUACAAGGAGCCGGCUCAGGCUAAGAAGGCCGUCACCGAGUUAUCUAAAGUGGAGAUUUGUGGAAAGCUUUGUGGAGCUGCAACUCUUGAGGAAAAUGAUACGAUUUUUCUUGGAAAUAUUGACAAGAAAUGGAAGAAAGAAGAUGUCUUAAAGCUGCUGCAGGAAAUAGGCAUUGAAAAGAUUGACUCGGUCACAGUUAUGGCUGAUCCUAAUAAUCCAGAGUCAAAUCGUGGCUUUGCAUUUCUUGAACUUGAAACAAACAGAGAUGCACAACUUGCUUUCAAGAAGCUUCAAAAGAAAGAUGUAUUUGGUAAGGGACGAAAUAUCAAAGUUGCCUGGACAGAACCAUUGAAUGAUCCAGAUGACGAGGUGAUGCAGAAGGUGAAAUCUGUAUAUGUUGAAGGGAUACCAUCUUCUUGGGAUCAAGCUAAGCUGCGAGAAUUGUUUAAAAAGUUUGGGGAGAUUGAGAGAGUUGUUCUUUCCCGUGAUAUGCAUUCAGCUAAGAGGAAGGAUUUUGCGUUUGUUAACUAUGCUACUCGAGAGGCUGCUCUUUCAUGUAUCGAAUCAUUUGAGAAGGAAGAACUGACCGAUAAUGAAUCCAAGGUCAAUAUCAAAGUAUCGCUUGCUAAGCCCAUCCGGAAGGACAAGCAGAACAAAGGAUGGCCAAAGUCUAGCACUAAUGACAGAGAGAAAUCCAAGACAUUCCAACAUGACACGAAACCCAUUGUAUCUUCGAGCAAAGGGAUGUCUUCCAAGGGGGAUCAGCGUUUUAGUGGUAGGAAAUCAUCACCUACCCAUGAACUACUACAUGGUUUGAGGGAACAGGCUGCUUGGAAACCUGGUCAAGUAGGUUAUGGUAGAGACCAUGCCAUGCAAGAUUAUGGGCAUGCCUUACCAGGAGGAAAGCGACCCUUUUCCACAUUGGGAGAUGAUUCAUUCUAUCCCGAUACGAGGGGGUACUCUCGUCCUCGUUUCGAGAGUAAUUAUCCAGUAGCAAACUCGAGCUAUGGUGCGAUGCCCCACAGCGUUGGAGGAUCCUCCCACCCAUAUUAUAAUAGUCAAGGUGGAUAUGGACUUGGUGGUUAUUAUGGAGCACCAGAACGCCCGAGCAACUAUCAGAUGAGGCAAGGGCCGCCGCCACCUCCAUUCGGAAGCAGGCCAUACCCCAGAUAUUAACCGGAGUUUUGGAUCAAUUGUCACCCUGGUCUCUGCUACAGCAUCUGUUGGAUAUUCUGGAGUUGAACUCGAAGGAUGAUAAGGACACAGCGGUUUGAUCUCGAAGAAUUUCCUCUAAGUUGCCUUUGCCCUUCAUGCCGAUAGGGGGAAAUCGUCUCGCAGCCUCUCGUCGUCGCUUGAAACAAUCAUUAGGCGACAAUUUAUUUGCCCAGGUUAAAGUAAUCAGGUGAAUGUAAUUCCGUAAUGGCCUAACACUAAUAUAUGGUUGUUUUUAAAUGAAGAAGCCCUAUUUCUUUUUGAAGGAUAAGAAUCAUGGCAAUUGAAGAAGAGCUUAAGCUAUUCCCCUGUAGUUUAACAGCUUAGCGAUACCGAUUUGUUUAACUUCAACCCUUUUUGUUAUAUUAUGUCAUGUUGAUUUUGUAAUAUAUGCCAUGUUGUUUCACUUAUUUCCUUUUUACAUCGACUA